AUGAUAAUAUUUGUCGCUCUCUUCGUUAUCGCGCUAACAGCGUUGUAUUUAUAUGGUACAAGAAACCACAAAUACUGGCUAGAUAAGGGUGUUCAACAUGAUAAACCAAUCCCUUUCUUUGGCACAAAUGCCAAAAACUAUUUACUCAGACAGAGUUUGACAGAAAUGGCCGUUGAAGCUUACUGGAAAUAUCCCAAAGAAAAGGUUGUGGGAGUAUAUUUGGUAUCUUGGCCUGCUUUAGUGUUAAGAGAUCCUGAUAUUAUCAAGCAAGUGCUCACUACGGACUUUAUAUACUUUUAUGGACGAGGUCUUAAUACACACGACGAGGUAAUAGAGCCAAUGUUGAGAAAUCUGUUCUUUGCGGAUGGGGAUUUAUGGCGAUUGUUGCGGCAGAGGAUGACGCCGGCUUUCACGAGCGGCAAGUUACGUUCCAUGUUCCCUCUAAUAAUUGAACGUGCUGAGAAGCUGCAAGCUCGUACAGCUUCAGCUGCUGCUGAAGGCCGCACCAUCGAUGCUCGUGAUAUUAUGGCACGUUACACUACUGAUUUCAUUGGAGCUUGCGGUUUUGGUCUCGACGCCGACUCACUCAAUGACGAAGAUUCCGCAUUCAGAAAACUUGGCAAGAAUAUAUUUAGAGUACGAUUAAUAGAAUCUGUAAUAAUAUAUUUGAAAGAUUUAUGCCCGGUAUUGUUUAAGCAUGCUAAGCUGUUAGGUUCUGUUGAAGGCGAAUUAAUAGAUCUCGUCAAAGUCAUUUUGAAACAGAGAAAUUAUCAACCCUCCGGAAGGAAUGACUUUAUUGAUCUUCUUCUUGAGUGCAAGAAUAAAGGAAUAUUAACAGGAGAGUCGAUAGAAAGAAGUAAACCCGAUGGCACGCCAGAAGAGACAUCAGUAGUGCUGGAUGAUGUGCUCAUGGCUGCACAAGUGUUCGUUUUCUUUGCAGCCGGAUUUGAGACCUCUUCUUCCGCCACCAGUUUCACUUUACAUCAGCUAGCAUUUAAUCCAGAAGUGCAAAAGAAAGUGCAAGAUGAUAUCGAUAGAGUGUUAGCUAAACACAACAACAAACUCAGUUACGAUGCUAUCAAAGAAAUGACAUAUUUAGAUUGGACAUUCAAAGAAGCUAUGAGAAUGUUCCCUUCACUCGGGUUUUUGAUUAGAAAAUGUGCAAAGAAAUACACAUUUCCAAAUAUGGAUUUGACAAUAGACCCUGGCGUACGUGUAUUAAUGCCACUGCAAGCGCUUCACAUGGACCCACUGUACUUCGAAAGACCUGAGGAAUUUCGGCCGGAGCGUUUUGAUCCUGAAGUUUUCGACAACAAAUUAAAGAACAUUUACAUGCCCUUCGGGAUCGGACCACGAGCGUGUAUCGGUGAGCGUCUGGGGCAUAUGCAGUCUUUGGCCGGACUGGCGGCGGUGCUAUCAAAGUUCUCUGUGCGGCCGGCACCGGAAACAGUUCGACAUCCACGUGUGGAUCCACCCUCAGGAAUAGUGCAGAGUAUAUUAGGAGGUCUGCCAUUAUUAUUCGAAAAAAGAAAAAUAUGUAUGUAGCUCAUAGUUUCCUGUUCAAGAAACGUACGUUUCGUGUUAUCAUUAUUUAAAAAAAAUGUAUUUAGGAUCAAUGCUAUUUUGAUUUUUUCAAUCAUACCACGAUUCAGGCGACUAAUCUAACCGAUUGAGCUACCCAAGACUUGUGACACAAGGAUUCUCAGGUACAUGAGACAAAGUCACAGUCAUUUAUUUUUAAAUUAUUUAUUGA